AUGGAUUUACGCUCUCGGUUUUUGUCGAAAAGCUUCUCUUAUGUCAUUUUGGUAAAUGGAGCUUUAUGUCUGAAACGAGUGAGACAAAAAUUAAUAUUGUCACUUAAGACCACAAAUAAGCGGCACAGAACAAAGAAGCAAACAAGAUUAUGUAUGCUCCAAGGCGAUAUAUACAUUAAAUUAGGUAAGACAUCUUAUAAUCGUAUAUCUCGAGAUACCUUAGAUACGUAG